CCUUAAGCUCAGCAAGUACCUGCUGGGUGAGUGCAUCGCCCAGCUGCAGGUCCCGCUGCCCUUGGAAAGCCUGCCAGGUGACCACAGCCCGACCGCCACCAUUCCUGAUAUCCCACACGGUUCCCAUGACAGCCUGCAGGAUGCUGUGGUAGGGCAGAAACGCUAUGUUCAAGGCACAUGUGAACAGGCCCUUUGUCAACUGAACCUUACAUUGGAGACAGGGAGACUGUUAAACCUGAGCCAUGAUUCCAAUACACUAAUAAGAAUGGAGGGAAUGCGGAAGAGCACAUAUGGAACUAUGGCUGAGGGGACAGGAGACGAUGACUGGCUUGCAGCGUGUUCCGCACUGAGGAUCCUCCUGGUGGGCAGGUCAGGCAGUGGGAAAAGCGCCACAGGGAACAGCAUCCUCUGCAGGCCAGCGUUCGAGUCCAAGCUGGGGGCCCAGUCGGUGACCAGGACAUGCCAGCGGGAGAUGAGCACGUGGAAUGGGAGAAGCAUCCUGGUGGUGGACACGCCCAAUAUCUUCGAGUCAAAGGCCCAGAACCAAGAGAUGGACAAGGACAUUGCAGACUGUUACCUGCUGUGUGCCCCAGGGCCCCACGUGCUGCUGCUGGUCACCCAGCUGGGGCGCUUCACGGCCCAGGAUGCCAUGGCUGUGAGGAGGGUGAAGGAGGUGUUUGGGUCAGGGGCCACAAGAUACAUGGUCGUCCUCUUCACCCACAAGGAAGACCUGGCGGACGAGUGCUUGGAUGACUACGUGGCCCACACGGAGAACCACAGCCUGCAGCGCCUGAUCCAGGAGUGCGGCAGGAGAUACUGUGCCUUCAACAACCGGGCCACGGGCCAGGAGCAGAGGAGGCAGCUGGACGAGUUCAUGGCCCUGGUGGAGAGGCUGGAGCGGGAGUGUGGCGGCUCCUUCCACAGCAAUGAGCUCUUCUUUCAUGCCCAGAGGGUGUGGCAAUGUGGGGCUGGUGCCUACCAGCAAGACUACAGGCACUUCCUGGCCGAGGUGAGGCAGCAGCUGGACAAGCAGAAGCAGGGGCUGGAGGAGCAGGAGAGGAACUGUGCGCUCAAGGCGCUCCUCAGAGUCAGACGGUGGAUGGCUUCCCACGUCGCGCUCUCUGCUGGUCUCAUUAUCUGUGGUUUGAUUCUUCUUGCCCUCAUAAUCAACUUGUGUAUUAUUCAAUGGAAAUGAGCCUUUUCAGGUGAAGUCUACAGUCAUCACUCCCCCUGAUUCACCAUCUCUGUCUUUGUGGGUCACUUCUCCUGUCACAUAAUUUCACACUCAGUUUGGCUUCCUGGCAUCAGACAUGUCCUGUAAUGCCUCUAAGUAAAUAAAACGUGAAUGAAAA